AUGCCGUUACCUCCCGCGCUUGCAGCUCGACUUAAAAAACGGGGAUUGAUUGAAGGCGAUCAAAACGAAGGUAUCUCUUUUUAGUCCCUAGUCAUAUAAAAUUCAUGAGAAUUUAAAAUACACCUCCAAUCUCCGAUUUGCUAUUAAGAUUGGUUAAUCGCACAUUGUAUGUGCCUUCUCCCUUUAUGGGGAUGAGAGAACUAAAUUUACGAUAACUUAAAGAAAAUACAGAAAGGCAUAUUUUAAAAUUUCUGUCUUGACUACCUUAAACUCAUCCUUUUCUGAGCGAUCGAACUUACGUUCUUUUGCCCGUUAUAUUUGUGUCACUAAAGUCCGACUUUCAUAUUUUGAGGGACGCUCUCCUCUCUAAUCACUAUCGUUCUUUGAAGCCUGCAAUUGUUCAUUCAUACUUUUCUGGUCACUGCUCACACCAUGGUAGAUGGUAGAUCUAUGGAUGAAGCAUCACGUAACCGAAUAAGUGCGUUAUACGCACAUGUGUCAACCCUCAGCAGUAGCACUACUGUCCUGAGCCGACUGAUACGUAUGUGUUACAGCGCCGAACAAGCCUUAUCUGGUCAGCUCUCUUGUUUGCAACAUGUGCGCCCAAACGGAGGCCAAUAUCGGGGCGCGCAGCGUAGUGAACAUUGUUGAUGUUGUUCAGGGCUUCUUUACUUCCACCGCGAUGCCCUCUGCAAGAUUGCAAUACGCCUUAAAGUAGAGUUGAUUUUUUAUACCCACUUUUCGGGAUUUUUCUCCAUAACCAACACCCUAAUAGUUGGUUAGUCAUUUUCCCCCAACAUUUCAGUUGAGAUUCUUGCUAAGCGGUGGCGUUCCUUCUCCCCCUCCAGAAGAAGAAGUGUUUGCCGAGAAUUACGAUGAAGACGGUGCCGCCACCCAAACUCGAAUUGCCAAGCCUGCGUCCACAACUCCCUCCGCUGAUCUCAAGACGAUUAGCUCUGUGCCAGUGAUUGAGAAUGGAAUUCUGGUUUACGAGUGUGCCGACUGUCCCAAUCAAGCCAACCCAUACCAUGAUUGUGUUGAAUACUGCUUUGAACGCUACGGCAGGCGCACUUUUCAUACGGAUCAGCGCCUCGGUAGGCUGCGUGAUCGCAUGUUGCGUCGCUAUCCUUUGCCUAGUCAUUGGCUGGAGGUUGGUGAUCCAACCACACAGAGGUAUGAUCAUGGGUCUUUCCCUUUUUAAGUUUUUAAUCUUCAACACGCCGCACUUUUUCAAUAUCAGCCAACAAAUUGCCCUAUUUAAUUAAUUGAGGUUAAUUGCCAAAAAGGACCACUGAGAUUACUCAUUACUGUUUGUGCUGCAUCAGGUUCACAAACUCCAGCUGAUGUACGGCAGCCCCAGACAAAUAAUCAAGUAAAAUGUCCACGUUACCCACGUGCACACUGUCAGAGUAUAAACACCGGAUCUCUUGUAUUCGUCGCUGACCCCUCCUAAGAGGGCGAGAAACGUGUUGACUGUGGUAUGAAUUUCGGAGCUCGCCGAAUUGCAGUUUUUUGGUGUAUACGUACUCCUGGUUUCCCCAAUUAAUUUCGGCUCGGUGAACGCAGAUGCUCCCAAUUAUCUUGCCCCAUGAGUCAAAAUCUGUUGUCCGCCUCGGGUACUAUUCAGUCGAUUUGACAGGCUGUGUGCUAGGCCACAAAGACGGCGAAGUUUUAUGCUCGAUUAAAGUAACUUUAGUGUAGUUGGUGUACCUUUGACCAUUUUGAGUGAAUGCUGACGUUAUGGUAUUAUUUUCUAAAGUUUGUUCGACUAGAAUGAUAUGCAAUCUCUCUAAGCUCAACUCUUUAUUUCAGCGCUGUAGUCUAACGAAUUAUUCCCUUCAACACCACAGUUUUUUUUAAUUACCGGUUUAACUGGCGAUCCUAACCUUACGUUGCGUGCUUUACUGUCUUGAGCACUCCCUAAAGCACGUUAUCGUCGGUUAUUAAUGUUAACAAAGUUUUGCGUACCCCGAUCGGGCAGCAGUGUAUAAAUUUGACGGUGGGUUCUGCACCCCUUGGCGGUCCAGCAUGCCGCAUAUCCAAGGAGGCCGUUUAUCCUACGUAAGUUGGCAUGUUGAAGUCAGAUACAGCUAGAGGAAUGCUCUCCUACCAAACGAGAAAUCCUACUAGAUUGCAACUUGUACUGAGUACCACUAUUUGCCAGCUGGAAAGUUCCCCUGCCAUUAGAUUUAACUUUCCAUGUUCGUAAUCUACCCUCUCCGUCCUUGAAGGUGUCAACAUUCCCACCUGAAAUUUAACCUCUCUUUCGAGUUUGCCACUCCUCCUCAAACCACAUUCAGUCUUACCGUGUGUACCAUUCUGGGUUCGAAUCAAAAUCGUCGUGACCCGAAAGUUCGACCGUCGACUCCAACGACGUCCACCGUGUGCUACACAGCAACGUGCAGCAGGUACGGCAACUUGUGCGUGAUUCUUGCACAACAUCUACCACACUCUCUCUCCCCCACCUGAACCCGGUGUCAAGAUAGAGCCAAGAAGACCGGAGUCGGGCGAGGGCGCAGGUGGAUGGCACGGUCGAGCCCGCACCUUAGCGCUCCAAUCCACACCCUCUGGUCCACUCAGCAAAUGACCAGGUUUUGACCAUCAACAACAAUGGGGGCGCGGUAGGGGUCCCAGUAUGCGCGACUUCUGCCGUCAACCGGGUCUGCCACUACACCCCGAAAUGUUGGCAUUUGUUAUGAUGCGCAAAUUCGGUAACGCCUGCCACAAUCCGAUAUGACCCCCGUGUUGGUCCAGCGCAUCUACCACGUGGCCCGUUUUGGGGGCACCCGUCAUGAUCCAGUUACAUAGAAACCCAUUUGAUGUAGUCUGAAUGACUGUGAAAAGUAAUGAUGCCUCGAACACCUUGGCAUCUUCACCAUCCGGUGCCGGAAGAUGUAACGCCUCAGAAUAUUUUGACGUUGGUAAUGUUUGUCUUCCUGCGGAAACAUGGAAACUAAGCGAGUACUCUGCAUGGCAUUAACAGCAGUUAUGCCAAGCAUUUGUGGCUCCAAGGGCUUUGUUGCCUUGGCAGCUGGGUAAGGUCUCACCUGGUCUGCCUACUGGAUACCUGGUGGAACGAUCGUCAGUGAACACGGGCUGAAAAAUACGCAGUUUCUGAUGACGAAACAAUCAGGGGUCAGCAGCGACAGUGAUGCAGAGGACUGGCGUCUGGCACGCGGGUUGCAACACCCAAUGACGACACUCUGACAUGGCGACCGUGAGCUACCGUUAAAUGACUUUGAUUUUCAUUGUUGCCAUGCAGGUGGAUCGUUGAGGCAAAACACUAAGGGAAACAACUUGCCUGUGUUCAGAAUUCUCAGAAAAUCUCCCGAAGAAUGUUCAAUUCGAGCAUUGCGAGAUACGUUACGGCGUCUGCGGGAAGUGACAUGCUCAGCCACCCUGGUCUAUCAUUAUUGAUGAAUAAUACGCGUGUUGGAUCACUCAACUGACAGCUGACACUUAGUAUCUGAUGUGUAAAUGUGCUAGCACUCCUCGAUCCUGGUGUCCAAAGUUGGAUGACGCACUGUCCUCGUCAGUACAAAGUGGAUCCUGGAUUUGGGUAGGCCCUUCAGAAAUCGAGAUCGCGAAAGUUAGCUCCCACUUCCGUCCCUAUGUUCGUGGCUCCUGCAACUCUUCUGGUAGACAUGCCGUGAUGAUCGUUCGCGUAGGACAGGCGAAUCAGGCGCUGCUCGCUUGAGGAUCGACCCCUGACCGGUUGGCGUACCUGUUCCUGAAAUGUCACUGUAUUAACAGCCCCGUCAUUUUGGUCGGCGAGCCAACCCAAACUGUUGACCAGCGCAAUGCACCAGUCUUUUAAUUUGCAGCCCCAAGAGUUAGUUUAGAGACUCCUUCACUCUGAUCUUCUGAUUAUUACCGGACACUGGUAUGCCAGGACUGAGUUAAGUGACUCUUCGACGGCAACUGUAAUUGGACUCUCUGGGCAUGCGUCUCGAUGAAGCAACGGUGGAUGACUGUUGAUCAUCGACGGCUGGUACGGGCCGUUUGUCACCAAAAAGACCGUCUAUAAAUCGUCUUGAACGUCUUUGCACUUGCUGGUCUGGUGACUGUCAUGACGUCAGAAUGGCCGCAUCCUAGUCAGCUCAAGUUCUCCAAGCUGGAUGCAUAGUCGCAGAUCCUUACGUGGCAGCAAAAUGGGUAACGCCUAUGGUUCUGAUCAUGUUUGCAUUCGCACACGUGAAAACUCACCUCUCAUGCACGCUGAGAGAAUUCUUCGAUUCAGUCCGAGGCGCCGGAAUGAAUUAAUUAUCACAAGGACCCGUCAGUUCUCGUUAGAUUCAGCUAUCACGAUUCUGGAACAUGACGAAGACCAUUGGAACGAAGUGUCCACCUCGAUGUAGCCGACCUUGUAGGUCGGUGAUACCCGCAAAUUCUGUCAACUUAGUGGUCACGUUAGUGGCAGGCCCUCAGCACUGAAUGACUGUCAACAACAACUUUCUCGCUGAAAAAUUAGCUAAAGUCGAGCCCUAAGCGAUCGCUUCGAAGGCCUUCUCAACCUCGACGGUUAGCUCAUCAAAGUUCACCUCGCAUGGUCAGCAUUUUAGCCGUCUCUAGCCUCUAAAGUGUCUUUUUGCCCUCCGUCCUGGAAAAAAUAAUCUCUGCAACACCGAGAAUAGACGUCCCAGCCCCGUCCCGCGGGCGUACUGAGAUGAUGUCGUUCUUGAUGACUGGACCAGUUCAUCUAUGUGUCAUAUGAGAACUAUUGCGCCGAUAUUGCUGCGGGGUGCUUUAUCAUUCUCAUUUGCAGGCACUUUCGGUGCGCGUGAGCCGAGGAAGAGGCGUAAAUAACUUGGGUUCCAAGCUGAACAUGGAUUGUCCUAGCAAAUACUUACGCAAUAAUGCAUGUUCGUAUUCCUCCUUGGCCACCAACCACCGACAUUCAUUUGCUUUGUCGAUUUUGCUGAAGCGCUCGACUCCGUUCAUCAUGAGUCUCUCUCUGUCAAGAGUUUUCGCAAUGAUCAUGGUCUACCAUCUUACAGCAACAACCCUCCCCUCCCCCCAUGCUUUUACAGUAGGUGGUCUAACUCAUGAAAUGUCAACAGAAAUUCCGAAAUGCGUUUCCGUUUCGAAAAGAUUAAUUAAGUAGGGUUGUAAAACUAGUCAGCCUGCAACAUAAUUCGAUAAUCUUUCAAAUACCCCAGGAUGUCGGCUUUCGAACGAACUUCUUUUAGGCUGCAUCCAAAAACCAUACUCCGUAAAAAAUGGCAACUUAAGUAGCAUGCAUUUUUUUCAUUGAUUUUCGAUGCCCUUAAAGAUUCAGUUAUAUUUCAUCGAAAACAUGCAUAACAAUAUUCAUUCUUUGUUCAUUCAGUAGAGCAUUACGUGAAAUGGCCGUUCAUAAAUCGUCAUGUCUCUGCAUUUACCAAUGUGGCUUGUAAAGUUAACAGUAUGGAUCAAAUCCACUGCUUAAUUUUAUGAACCCUAUAUGGUCUCUAUUACCGUAGAGAAAUGUGUGGUUUUCCGUACGCGGAAAAUGUACGGCUUGUAGUUUGAAAACCCUGAACCCAAGUGUGACGAUAGAGCGGGUUAAAAAUUAUUCGGGAAUUGGACAACUUUUUUAAAACCGAAUUAUGUCCCUCCCUCGAGUAUAAAAUUAGAAGAAGACGUAAUUUUCUACCGAAUGAGUAAAAGAAUGAAUAUUCUUGUACAUGUUUUCCGUGACAUAUAGUUGAAUUUUUAAGGGCAUUGAAAAUCAAUGGGAAAAAUGCAUGCUACUUAAGUAGCCAUUUUUUUCCGGAGUGUAGUGUUUGCAUGCAGCUGGAAGGAAGUUCAUUCAAAAGUCAGCAUCCUGAGGUUGCUGAAAAAUUAUAGAAUUAUGUUGCAGGCUGACUAGUUUUACAUCCCUACUUGAUUAAUCCUUUCGAAACGGAAACGCAUUUCGGAAUUUCUGUUGAGAUUUCAUGAGUUAGCCCACCUACUGUAUAUUCGGUUAAGCGUGCAUCGACUUCUCAUUCUGUCGCCCAUCCUGUUUAACUGUGCAAUACUUUGCGGAUUAGAAGCCAGCGGGCGCGGGCUGACUGGCCUUGAUCAUGCUGACGUUAUCACUUUGGUAGCGCCAAGCCGUAAUGUUCCGUAGAGUUUAGUAUCAUGAUCGAAAAUGUCCAAUCUGUCUGUUUAUAUCCAAACGCAUGGAAAGCAGAAUAUUUUAGAACUGCGUUUCCGAUCAGGGCUAGGCAACUCUCGUGAUUAAUGGUUGUCCUUCGUUAUUGCCAUCAAACAGACUGUGUAACGACAACAUCGUCACCCUGACGGACGCUAAUCACAUUUUUGUGCAGGCCUUAGUAUGUAUAUCUGAAUACGUCGCCACAAAGGGCUGUGUGGGCCAGACACCUGUCUGGCCAAUUCCCCGAAGAGUUUUGAAUACAGGGAGACGCACGUGAAAAACUGGAUAUUCUCAGGUGCCGUUGUAUCAGACCGAUUCGUCGAGUGAGGUGCGUUUAACUCCUCUUAAGGAUAUUUCAAAUCAUCCAAGAUUGGCAGCCGAGGUGGUCUGUGCACGUUGUUCGUCGUCCGCCACGACUUCGAUGCUACUGUCCAAGAUCUGACGCGAUUGCCUAAUCGGAGACGGAGAAGAUGUCAACGCAAAGUCGGACUGGACACAGACCUGCGAGACAGAGUAUGGUUUCUGGAUCAUUGGUCUUUGCCACUGGAAACAAGGGCUGAUCAAGCGCUGCAGUUACGCUGCCGCAUAUCGUCAAGCAACUAGGUGAUCUCCGCGACAGCUUGGAGGCAGUCUGGAUCAGGCGUGGUCGCACCCAUUCCAAGCCCUUUACAUCGCCAUCUCAAAAGUUUGCCGUCGUCGUCGUCAUCGAUUGGGCGAGAUAGUUGCUUCCUACAUGAAAAUUUUGCUUCAUUACGAUUGAAUUUCGUGGUAUCUGCUUUAAGCCCUCUCUCUUCGCUCACUGACUGCAUUCCGAUCGUAUGACAAACCUCGGAUCACUGAAAAUGGCGUGGGCGGGUAAGGAUAGGGUAUGUGGUCGUGCUAGGUUUACCACGCUAGACUCGCUACUGAAUUCAUUCAAGUAGACGUUUUUCGACUAGGUUACUGCCCGUGUGUUGUGCGUGCAGUGCAUGAACUCAGGUCUGCCCAUAUCACACACGUACCCUGUCGCUUAAGCACUCAAAACAUUUUAUCAUCUUGAUCUCAUAAGAAUCAAUUGCUACCGUACCCUCAGUCCGGAGAUAAACCACGUUAUCUUAUUGGAAACCGGCUCAAGCCACCACUCCUAGCCCCUCGAAUGGGGCAAACAUGCCCCUGCUCCUCAUUGUGUCGUCCUCAGUCUCUCUUUCCUCCCAUCACGUACCAAUGGUAUGACCGAGUAAAACGGACAAUAGAUAAGUCGGAUGCAUUUGUUAGCGUUCUUCAGAGCCGUGAGAUACCAACAGAGGUAUGCGUAUACCUAGACCACUUAAUUGACUAUAACUUCUGCUGUCGUAUCUGGUGCAAGGUUAUUGGUUGUUGUUUCGUGACUUUUGUCACCCGCUCGGACUUUGUCUGCUCGCAGGAGUCAGUGGAUCGAUGUAAUUCCAUUCUUGUGUGGUUUAAGGUCUCCGCCCAACGCUGUGCACACUCCGUGUGCAAGUUACUCAGUGAGAAUUGUGCAGUCGUCAUUAUGGAAACGCAAUUUGAUGUAGUACAUUGCUCACGUUCCUCCAUGAUGGGGGCUCCUCUAGGGUGCCACAUCGGUGGGAGGUUUCUUACUUCUCAUAUUAGGGAGGAAGCAUUGUAGGUUGGUCCUCGAUCCGAGAGAGGUCUGAGUCGUUCCGCCAAUUUACAGUCUUCCAGACCGCAAUGUCGCGAAAUUUUCAAAGCACGCCAAAUUUAUUAUGCGGGGGAGUACGCCUGGGAACAGCCCUUGACUCCCCCCAGCGUAAACCAGUGCCAGGUUCUUACCCGUUCUUUGGAUUUGUGGUUGCGCUCAUUGCCUUUUGUGGCUCCGCUUGCUCUAACGAGACUUAGAGCUCUCGGAUGUCAAGUCACAUUAACAAGGAGCCAUCCUAACCUCACUUUCAGCCCAGCUGACCGGUUUAUCCCACCCGUUGGGUCCCUCUGAGCUGCGACCCUUAGGGCACAGGGCUAGCUUAAAUUCACAAGGAGGCCUCGCAAUCUGACCGUCAGUCCAGCUGACCCUCUGAGCUACGACUGCCAGGACAUAGGGAUAACCCGAAUGCUCGUCCGACUCGUUAUAGUAACAUCCUUUCUGUCCUCACCCCCCCCCCCGUACUUCAUCCCCUUUGAUGUCGAAAGAGAGAGUCUUUGUAAACCUGCCGCUGCUCAUCUCCCCGGCACGCUUCCGUCCACUAUCUAGGUUCUACUACUGGAACACGACAACCGACGACGUCUCCUGGCUCUCACCCCUCCAUCCACGCUCCAUCGUGACCAGGUCGGCGGAGAAGUUGAAACAACAGGCCCUACGCGAGCGCGAGGCAGCGCUGGCCGCAGCGGGACAUGCCAGUGCUGCUGCGCUGGCCGCAGAGGAGCGUGAGAAAGGCGGCGAGGAUGGGUGGCGGUCAGGCACGAUCAAACGUCGACGUCGCAGUUCGGGCUCCCAGUCCAGCUCUUCACGCUCUCCCUCACCAACCGCCUCAAGGCAGGAGAAGGAGGCGACGCGAGAGGAAGAGGAGGCGCAUAACAGUCGGGGCAAUUGGCCGCCCACGGAGGCGUCCGCAGUCCCACCCUUUCCCCUGCCACCGCCUCCGCCACCUCUCAGUGGCAUGAAUGUGCCCCCUCCGGGCAUGCAGAUGAUGCCCCCUUCGGGUCGAUUCGCCGUCCCCGAGCCACCCUCUAUGCCACCGCCCUCAUCUACAUUCCAGGCGUCGACGAAUACCGGUAGCAAUCGCCGAUGGGAAAAGAAUAACCAGAGGCCGGGAGCUCGCAAUGCCGGUUCACGAUGUAAUUUGCUGUCAGGGUCCACUUUUACCCUAUUUUGACCCUUUUCCUAUGCCACUGACUACUGACUCUUUAUGGGGGAGAGACAUCUGGAAAUGAGAGACCUCCUGAGGAUGCAGAAAACAUUCCUUUUUCGGGAUCGGUCGUCGGACUCUCUGGCACACUGUGGUGUGUCCUUGACAUUAGCAUCUUUCUACUGGAAGCGUUUAGCGUCCGACACUAGGUCUGCUUCCUGGCAACCGCUGGCCACGGAGUAACGGUGAGAGUUGUGUGGGUAUGGCACUUCACCUGUCUUAUUUCACGAAGAAACAUGCUCGGCCGGUUUUUUCCUCGGAACUCCCAUGGCCCAAGUUUGUUGAAACUGCCGUCCCAGUCUCCCUCGUCUGGUUCAGUUUUAUUAAGGCAAAUGUAGGCGAAAGCCUUUUGACUUCCUGUUGGUUACAUUAAUGCCGCAAAAAACACCAAUACACAAAGGAAGCUGAAAGAAUGUUGGCUAAAGAACUAAAUGCGACGAGCAUGUAACUGUCUGUUAAAUAAUAGUGUGUCAAUAAUAUUUCAUGGUGUGGCAACAUUGCGAAAUCAUCAAUACUCGCUACUGAAACGUGCUAGUAACGCAGUAACGGACAUUUAGGUCGUACCCAAGCAUAACCGUCUUGUAAAUACUAAUAUGUGUCAAUGUAUGCGUGGCGUGGAAACGUUACUCAAUUAUCAAAAAUCAUUACUGAAAUGUUCAGAGUAGUGUGGAAUGGACAAUAAGACUUCCCACGGUUAAAACCUCCCCCUUCUAUAUAGUCGAUUUAGACGCCUGUUUUUCAUUUACACUUUAUUUCUCGACCUUCGAGUUACCUUUUUAGUUAAAUCUUUUUUUCCUCCUCUCCGCCGAUGUUUGUAGUUGAUUCUCGCCGUCGAAGAGCCGAGGACGCAGCCGAUGACGAGCUGGACCCUAUGGAUCCCGCCGCCUACUCGGAUGUGCCCCGCGGUACCUGGGUUACUGGCCUCGAGGGUCACACGCGCGGCGGACCAAGCGCGAAGACAGGUGCCGAUGUAACCGCUUCUGGCCCUCUCUUCCAGCAGCGACCCUACCCCAGUCCCGGUGCUGUUCUGAGAGCAAACGCAGAGGCGGCUGCCGCUGCGGCUCAAAAACGGAAGGGCUAG